GUCCCUCCCAUUCAUAUCCUCACUCUUGGCUUUUUCCGUCACUCUGCGCCCCUGCUCAACCAUGGCUCUGUUGAAGUCCAGCAAAGUGAUCUCCAGUAUUGGGACUUUCUCACCAUCCUUGGGAGUUUUGUCUACCCGUAACAGCUCAUGGUGGGGUGGAGUGCAGAUGGGCCCUCCUGACCCCAUCCUGGGGGUGUCGGAGGCCUUCAAGAGGGACACCAGCCCGAAGAAGAUGAACCUGGGGGUGGGGGCCUACAGGGACGACCAGGGCAAACCCUUUGUGCUCGAUUGUGUCCGCAAGGCAGAGGCUCUGAUUGCUUCCAAGCAGUUGGAUAAGGAGUAUCUGGCCAUCGGUGGUCUGGGGGACUUCACCAAGUCCUGUGCUCAGUUAGCCCUGGGGGCUGACAGCGAGGUCCUCAAGAGUGGCAGGAACAUCACUGUCCAGACCAUCUCAGGAACCGGCUCCCUGCGCAUCGGAGCCAACUUUCUGUCUCGUUUCCACAGUGCGUCCCGUGACGUGUACCUGCCCAAGCCCUCCUGGGGGAACCACACACCCAUCUUCAGAGAUGCUGGCAUGCAGCUGAAAGCCUACCGCUACUACGACCCCUCCACCUGCGGCUUCGACUUCAACGGGGCGCUCGACGACAUCUCGAAAAUGCCAGAGAAGAGUGUGAUCAUGCUGCAUGCCUGUGCCCAUAACCCCACCGGUGUGGACCCCAAGCCUGCGCAGUGGAAGGAGAUCUCUGACCUGGUGAAGAAAAGGGACCUGUUGGUGUUCUUUGACAUGGCCUACCAGGGCUUUGCCAGUGGAGAUAUUGAUCGUGAUGCCUGGGCUGUUCGUCACUUCAUCGAGCAGGGCCACAACAUUGUCCUGUCUCAGUCCUUCGCCAAGAACAUGGGCCUCUAUGGUGAGCGAGUGGGAGGAUUCACUGUGGUGUGUAACGAUGCAGAAGAAGCAAAGAGGGUGGAGUCUCAGCUGAAGAUUCUGAUCCGGCCAAUCUACUCCAACCCUCCAAUGAAUGGAGCCAGAAUCGCUGCCACUAUUCUCAACACACCAGACCUUUAUAAAAUAUGGUUGGAGGAGGUCCACGGCAUGGCCAACCGCAUCAUCAAGAUGAGGGAGCAGCUGGCGGCCAACCUGAAGAGCGAGGGCUCCACUCACAACUGGCAGCACGUCAUCGACCAAAUCGGCAUGUUCUGCUUCACAGGCCUCAAGCCUGAACAGGUUGAGCGUCUGACUAAAGAGUUUUCAGUGUACAUGACCAAGGAUGGUAGAAUCUCCAUGGCAGGCGUCACCUCCGGCAACGUGGGAUACCUGGCGCACGGAAUCCACGCCGUCACUAAGUAAAAAGGAGCAUGCUGGGAGAAACGGUGGGGCACGGUGGCGCUGGACACAACGAAUCAAAAACUACGUCGCAACCUAAAUGAAAGAGCAUUUGGUGUCAUUUUACUCCCCGCCCAGCCCUUACAGAGGAGCUGGACAUUCUUUAAGACUGUCAAUUGUUCAUCGUCAAGUUCAACUUUGACCUCAACCCUCCUCGGGGUAGGGAUGUUUAACGGUUAGUUCCCUGUGACCUCUCCAACGAGGCCACCAUGUCAAAGGUUGUUUAGUGAUGGCCCAAUGAUCUGCCCUACAUUUCACUAAUGAGCUGAUGUCUGAUGUCUCUCUUCUACGCUUAUUUAUUGUAUGUCAAAGUUUAAUAUGAAUUAACUGAAUAAAUGGCUUAAUAAUGUCA